UCUAUGUCUCAUUAUAUUCCACGCAACUAAUUAAUUUCUUUUGAACGAAGAUCAGUGAGAAUUUAUAUAGUCGAUUCAAACUUACUAGGAAUUGAGACGUAACCGUUAUUAUCGUUGUUGAUCAAAGUUAUUGCUUACAAUGGAUGUCAAGAGUUUGUAUAGAAGCUUUAGCAAAAGAAGUAGAAGUGUUAGACUAGGAAGAAGUGAUCAUGAUGAUAUUGAAGGAGUGAAAGAAUCAAUUUCAAAAAGUGGAGGUAGCAAAAGUUCAAUUUGGAAAGUUUUGUGGAAGAAGUUGUCAAAAGAGAAGAAGGAAAAUAAGAAGGGAUUAAGGCUCGAGUGUUCUAGGUCAGUUCAUGUGCAAAUUCCUCGAUAUGAUGAAUAUACUUACUCACAAAAUUUUGACAAUGGCUUCAGUUUGGAUGAACCUGAUCAUCUCUUUAAGUCAUUCUCUGUUCGCUAUGCUGAUCCAUCAAAAUUACUUUUGAAGUGAUUAAGAUACAUGUAAAUCAUGUAAUUAAUUAGUGAUUGUGCAUG